AUAAAUGUAUUAUAUAAAGUUUACAAACAGUGCGAAUAUACAAUAUUUUCCUACAUGGGCGUCUUUACUGUUCUCAGUUUUGACAGCUUUUAUUAAAUAUUUUGAGAACAGUAUGAAUAGAUUUUCCUCACAAUAAAUUUCCGUGUUAAAAGGAGAAAACCGAGGGUUUCCGCAACAUAAUAAAGACACUGGUUGUUGUUGGCAUACAUUGCUGGAAAGAAAGGAAUUGAAUUGAAUUGAGGACUGCCAGCAACGUGUGUUAUAUCGUUCGCCAAAAUUCAGAACCACUAGUGUCUGUAUGUGUGUGUAAUAUAAAUUUAAAUCAGUCAGGAGGCGGGGGAGCACCAGCAGUGAUAGUCAGCAGCUGUUAAAAUGCCAGGCAAAGUCGGUGUAAAAAUUAAAGCUGGGCGCAACUUGCCCGUAAUGGAUAGAAGUAGUGACACCACCGACGCAUAUGUGGAAAUAAAAUUGGGCAAUGUUACCCAUAAAACAGAUGUCUGUCGUAAAAGUUUAAAUCCACAAUGGAAUACUGAUUGGUUCCGUUUCGAAGUGGACGAUGCUGAACUACAAGAUGAACCAUUGCAGAUACGUUUGAUGGACUAUGACACAUACUCAGCUAACGAUGCCAUUGGAAAAGUGAAUAUAAGUUUAAAUCCUUUAUGCUUGGAAAUGUCGGGACCAACAACGCAUGGAAAGGGUACAGUCUUAUCCGGCUGGAUACCAGUUUUCGAUACAAUGCACGGCAUACGCGGGGAAGUUAAUGUGAUAGUCAAAGUAGACUUAUUUUCCGAUUUAAACAAAUUUCGACAGAGCUCAUGCGGAAUACCAUUCUUCCAUUCGCAAUGUAUACCCUAUGGUUAUCGCGCCCAGAUGAUACAUGGUUUUGUGGAGGAACUUGUCGUUAACGACGAUCCAGAAUAUCAGUGGAUAGAUAAAAUACGUACCCCGCGUGCUUCCAAUGAAGCUAGACAAGUGGUAUUUCUCAAAUUGUCGGGACAAGUGCAACGUAAAAUGGGCCUAAAAGCUAUAAAUAUGGGUGCAAAUGCCGUUAUUGGCUAUACGCAAUGCUUUGACUUGGAGGGCGAUGUAGGUGUGGUGGCGCGUGGAAUUGGCACUGCAGUGACCUUGAUCAAAGAUACAAGCAGCAGCCAAACAGCGGCAGGUACCGCAGAUAAUGCGCUAAUUGAAGAACGUACCAUGAAGUACAUAGAAUUUCUGACAGGUUCGCACAUCAAUCUGGCCGAACAGCCACGUCCUUGCGAGUUGCAAAUACGCAAAUCUCGCUCAACGACACUAUUCGAUCUGCAGCACGCCAAUACGGGCGCUAUGGAAGAUAAUGAAAUAAUGCAUGACCUUAUGCGCCAGGAAGAUGGGCGCGGUGAAAAGCCGGCAAAAAAGUUACGCCAUCAAAUGAAACGAUUUACACACUCCUCACGCAAUAUGCUUAACGAAAAGUAUAAUGCAUUCAUGCGUAAAUUUGGUGAGAGCGUUGAAUCCAAGUCGCCAAGCAGCACUUCACGUUCGUUAAGCAGCCUCUGCGCCAGCGGCGGUCUGAUCAAAGAUGACGCAACUAGCUCAGCUUCGUCGGGUCGCAGUUCAACGGGCACCGCUUACGAUAUGCGCCGACGUCCCAGUUUCAAGGCUAAAUAUAAGAUGUUUGGCGUUGUGACAACCAAACCGUUCUUGCAGCGCCAAACGACGGUGAAGCGUAGCAGUGGGAGCGGCAGCACAAGUGGUAGUGCUGCUGUCAAUCCAUAUGCCAUCCUGCGUUCGGUGAGCGCCGAAUAUAACGCGCCGUGCAAGACGGGCUCACCGAUAAUCGCGUCGAUAUCCGAGUAUUCGGAUAGUACACGCUCCUCGCCAAACAUUUGCGGCGAUGGCCACGACGAUUUCGAUUACGACGAAGAGCAGUUAGCGGCAAUGCUUGAGUUGCAGCGUGCGCAUGGGCAGCAAACCCAGUUCUAUGGUAAUAAGCAUUACGAUUACAACACAUCAUCACUGGCGAGUGGUAGCUGUGAUCGUAGCGAUAGUAGUAGCUGUGUGGAUGUGGUGGCCGCCAUCGGUGGCUAUCAUCCAUUUGACGAAUUCACGCAGCACCAGCCGCAUCAGCUACAGCUGAACGUAGACGAUACAGCCACGAUUCAUUCAUGUUCGCCGCAUGCGUUUUCGCUAAACAACUCAGACAGUUCUGGGUCGGAGGCAGAUUUGGCGCGUGAAUUGGCGCGAGGCGAGGCGGAGGAACAUGUGAAAAUGCAGAAAUAUCUGAAGAUAUGCAAGGAUACCGAAGAAGUCGAUGCCAAGUGGAUACAGCCAAGCGAAUUUGAAUUUGAUGAUAGUUUAACUGAUUUGACACCACGGCGCUCAUUGCUGCGCGACCUGAAGAUUUUGUCGCAACAUGUGCAGGAUUUUAUACACUCAAAGCCUAAGAAAGUUGAACAAUCACCAAUGCCAUCGCCACAACAACAACGUCGCACUGCAGCGCCUUCUCAGGGAAAUAAAAAUUUGCUCCUAAAACCGCCUUCAGAGGAGAGUAAAGCAUAUUAUUCCUCACAACCGGAGAUUUGUCUAAAUUGGGAUGGCGAUAUGUGCGCACCAGCAUCACCAACUACACUCAUUGCCCAUUCACGUUCGCUAAUCAAUCUUAGACGCAGCGACUCCAAUUCGCCAACAACAACAGUUAACAAGGCUAAUGGGCCAGAGCUUGACUUAACCACCACCAAAGAUGAUAUGUACGCUACUAAUGCCUAUGCCUAUGGUUAUGUUUCGGACUCGGAUUGUAGCUCUGCUUAUCUGCCAGUCACUGUUAAAUCAUUCGCUAAUAAUGCCAAUUGUCCUGUAUUUAAAAUUUGUCCCUCUACCCCUUCACCUUCGGAAACUGAUUUGAAGAUACCCUUUAUAGAAGACGAUGCUUCGACUGUGGUGGAUGACAGCGGCUCAGAGACCACCGACAUACCCACACCGAUCUUAGGCAACAGCACACUUAGCAUAGCUACCGUUAGCGCUGCAACGCCGCUAGACGUUACUGAUUCUAUUGCCAAUUCCCCUAUAACUAACAGAAAGUACGUAGUAGGCAAUACAUCUUGUAGUAGUAUUAGUAGUCCACAGCGCUCCCCUAGUACUCCCAAUGUUCCCAAUCCCAAUUCUAUAAAUACAUAUAAAAAAUCUACUAAUCAUAAUAGUAAUAAUAAUGUAAAUUCACACUUGCUUGCACCACCGCCAUUGCCAUUGCCAUUACCAUUGCCGUCAUCGCCCACGCUAUCAUCAUCGCGUACGCUAACGUCAACGCAAACGCUCGUAAAUGCGCCCGUGCCGCCUACCUCAUCGCCAUGCACACCGCUACUUUGCACCAAAAAUCGUCAACACCGUCCGCGCGAACAUCAUCAUCCGCAUCAUCAUAGGUCAUUGAAUGAGGUGAAUGCAGCAGUGGCGUCCAACAAUGCCUUGGUGGCAGCAGCGGCCGCCGCCUCGUCCGGCAUCACAGACAGUCCCAGUUUGAAGCGGUUCGCAUCACCGGCACAGGCCGCAGUGGUGGCAGCAGCCGCCGCACAGCCCAGCGCCAACACUUUAGCCAGUGCACCGUCAUCAGCAUCACUUGUAGCGGGAGCCAACAGCAACGCGGCUCGUACCAAACUCGCCGCAAGCCCGUCGAAGCUUGCAUUGAAUAAUGUGGCUACUGCUGCCUCAAGCAAUGCAACAACAACUGCGGCUACUGCACUCAACAUGAGUAUUUCAUCAACGGCGUCGACCGUAGACGGUGGUGCGACUAACUCAAUACCAGCACCAGCGAUUGCGUCGAAGGAAUCGUUGCCGACCGAAAUGUGUCGACGCUCGUCCGACUCAGACUUGAGCAUAACGCCAAAAGGAAAUUCAUUGUGUGUGGCCAGUGAACGCUUGGUAGCCGCUACAGCGUUGAUGCGUCUCAAUCAACCGUUAGGCGGUAAAAAUGCCAACACGGACGCCAUGGAUGGCCUAUUGGAGUAUCCCUUCCUAACCAUGACAAAAUAUCCACCUGGUUUCAUAUUGCAUCUGGGUGCCACCGUAGCCGCGCGUUCCGUGAAAUUGCUGGAGCGUGUGCCCAAUCCCGAUGAGCCUGAGGUGCGCGAUUCUUGGUGGACGGAAUUGCGCAUGGAAAUACGUUCGCAUGCGCGUGCGCUGGGUUGUAAUGUAGUGCUGGGUUACUCGGAAGCGACGACCAUAUCCGACGAUGUUUGUGUGCUCUCCGCAACGGGCACAGCGGCUGUUAUUAAUAUGGCCUACAACCGUUCCGUAUCCCAAACUGAUAUACUCAACGCAGCUGUGAAGCCGGUCGGUAUCGGCAUUGGCAUGAGCAGCACAGGUGGCGCAAUGUCAGCAUCGCUAGAAGAACGCGAAACGCUCAAAGAUGUGCGUAACGGCAUUGCAAACGAAGCGAUUUCAUCGCUCACGAAGGAAACAACGAUGUCCUCAUCACUUGGAACGUCAAUACAUGGUUCAGCGGGUAAGAGAAAUGCCAUAUCGGCGGCAAGUAUGGGUGUAGUGAAAGGUUCCCCAUGUAGUGUAUGUCAUGUGCCGUACAAUUUGGCGUCGGUGCCGUUCAAUGUGAAAAUGAAAAAAUGCGCCAUCUGUCGGAAAGGACGUGUACCAGAUGUGCUGUUGGCGACACUCGAGGUGCCGGAGCGACUGCAUGUCACCGGGCGUGGUUGUUUCAUGCAGGCGCAGGUAGUACGUGCUAAAAAAGACCUACGAUCAGAGCUUAAUGCUAAAGAGAUAUCGGAUGGCUUGCCAUUUCUGGAGUAUGAAUUGCAUCGUGUACUAAUCAAUAAGUUGAAGGCGAAGGGUAUGAAUGCCAUUUUCGGUUUGAGAGCGCAGGUGGCCAUUGGUGAGCGCAUGAUAGCGCUCAUAGCGACGGGCACAGCGCUUUUCCUGAGUGCGCUGCCGGUCCCGCAGGUGCCGAAGAUAGUGGCUGGCAAUUCGUGGACGGACAAACAGAAAUUGAAUGAAUUGCAAAAGAAAUUGCAGGAGACAUUCGAACGCAAUCAGGAAGUUUAUCAGCUCAAAUGUAUAGAUCCAGAUUUAAUAGGCAGCGGUGUGGCAACGCUGGACAAACAAUCCGAUACCGAUGACUCGGAUGAUGAAGUGAUCGAGAUCGAUUUGAAUUGUGGCAAUAAAGACACCUGUGUGCUGGAGGUAGACGAUAUUGAGGAUUUGGAAAUAAUUUCUUUGCUCAUGGAAACUUAUCCGCCAGAAGGUUUCCACGUCGUCAACACGCAAAGCGUGCCGGGCAUGCUGGAAAUGGAGGCGGUGAAGAAUCUGCAGAUGUUCUCGCAAGUAUGGCGCGCCAAAUUGGAUGUCAGCCAAAACAUUAGUGGCUUCCCCAAACACUUUCAGCGAAUUUUGCAGACAAUUUACUUUAAAUUGCGCACAAUGAUACCCUGUGCCAUUUGUGAUCUGAGAUUCCGACUCGAUUUACCGGAGAGUGAUCAGAUACAGCUGCUGGUGACUGGCAUGGCAAUCGGUCUUGAUGAUGCAAAUAAAUUCAAAUAUCGUCGUAAGGCGGCCGCAACCGCUUUUACGAAUGGCACAGCCGCCGAUGCGCCCGAUACGAAUGGUUUAAAUGCAGGCAAUAAGCGUACGCUACAAGAGGAAGAUUACAUUUUCCCGCUGGACGAAGAUCAAAUGGUGGAGACACCAACACCUACAUCAAAUCUUCCGCCUUACGGCUUAAAUAGCUUUAAAUUGGCGAAAACUUCACCCUCACGACAGCAGAGCAAGAAAGGCACUCUUGUUAGUCGCAACAAUUACUUCCCAUUACGCGAUCGCUAUGGCGUAGAUAUUUCACCACUUAGCUUUGUGCCAGGUGGACGCAUUGACAAGUAUCUCGGUAAUUUGAACUUCUUUUUCAUACGUGAAACAACUUCAAUACGAGAGACUGGCGGUAUUAGCGGUUUUGUGCAUUCGUUCAUAACGGAGUUACUGGCGGUGGUUCGUGCACACAUAUCAGCGCUCGGCGGCAAUGCCAUGGUAUCUUUCUAUAUGAGUGAACUGAUAUUAGUCGAUAAUCAGCAUAAAAAUCAAGGUCAAUGUUUGAUCAGCAUCGGUGGUGAUGCUGUCUACGUUUCCUAUCAUACCGAUGACUGAUACACGCGUCUUAAAGGCAUAUAGCGAUUAUUUUUCACCAAUCGACCAAAAAGUCUAUACUAUUAAGCGCCACUGGCCGUGGGGGAAAAUGACAAAAAGCUCAAUAGCAAAAUGAAUACAUUUUAAAUGUUAUUUAGUUGCUAAUCAAAACAAACUACAUCAAAUGGCAAAACUAUACUUUUUAUCUGAAUAAUGCCAUGCGUGUGUAUUAAAUUUGAAGCUUUAGUUUACCUAUACAAUUACCUAUAAUUUUGGUUUGCAGUAGACGGAAAGGAUUUAAGAGAAAUAUUAGCGCGAUUUUUAAAGCAAAAAAUACUGAAAUCAAAAAUAGUAAAAAGUGCAAACAAAUUUUUAAAUAACUAAGCUAAAAAUAUAUAUGAACGCUCUCCAUUGGAAAUGCAGGCUCUCUCCAAGAAUAAAGUGAAAUUUUAAAAUAAUAGAGUUAGAAUAAGAACUGUUAUGGAUUUGCAUGCUGUUUGUUUGCUUGUUUUGUUGUAAUAGGUAUGAAACCUUUAUGCAUUGCAAUAAUUUUUGUACUUAGAUUGUGAAAUGCAAGCAUUUUAAAAAUUUCAUAGUAAAAACUGAAGUUAUUGCAAAAGAUCUUGUUUGAUUAAGCAUUGUAAAUAGCCAAACUGAAAUGAGCUACUAAACAUACAGUGUUUAUUGUUGCGUAAAUGCUUUAAAAACUUAUGUUACAAAAAAUAAAUUCAAUUAAAAUCAAAAUAAUAGACAUUUUAGACUCGACCACGCAAUAUAUAGGAAAUAAAAAGGGAAAAUUAUACUUGCAAUCAACUUAUACUCACCACAUGGUGUAUAAAUAAAAAUAAAAAAAAAAUAUAUAAAAAUCAAUAAUAAACAACCCUAAAACGAUAUUAUAAUGUACUUAGAUAUGCUCGUAUAAAUUAUGCGGAAUUAUAUAAAUUAUGAAUUUGUUUUUAUAGACUUGUAUGUAACUGUUUAUUGAUUUGUUUAUAUUUAUGAAAGACAUUUUUUCAUAUCCCAUUUAUUUUAUGCAAUAAAGAAAUUAAUUAAAUAAAAAAAUA